UGUUUGUGUGGGUGCGUCGGCGCAGCAGCCUUCGCUUCACCCGAAACCCGUAUGGAGAGGCAGAGAGGAGGCCAGGCUGGAGUUCAGUUCGUGUUCGGACUUCGACGCGAAAGUACAGAUACAGGGCGAGAAAUAGUGAGGAGGAGCAGACCCACAAAAAGAACGGAAUCACGCGUCGUCCCCCUUCGCUCGCUCGGACCCACACACAGAAUGAGCGACAAGCCGCAGAAUGUGGCCACCAGAUCCGGUGAGGAUCCGUCAGACUUUGCCCACAAGACCCUGCAGGACUACGAGGUGCUGGCCGUGAUGGGCAACGGCUCGUUCGGCACCUGCUACAAGGUGCGGGACAAAAGCACCGGCGAGCUGUUCGCCUGGAAGGGCAUGAACUACGACGAGCUGGACGACGACAAGUGCGAUUCGCUCGUCUCGGAGAUCAGUAUGUUGCGCCAGCUGCAGCAUCCGAACAUCGUGCAGUACUACCACCAUCUGGUGAACCGUGAGGCCAAGUCCAUCUAUAUUGUGAUGGAGUGCUGUGCGGGCGGCGACCUCUCCCAGCUCAUACAGCGGGCCCGAGCGCAGCGACAGCGCUUUGAGGAGCGCUACAUCUGGCGCGUCCUCUUCCAGCUGUGCCGCGCCCUGCAGGUGUGCCACAACAAGAUACCCAACGGCACCAUCCUGCAUAGGGACAUCAAGCCGGCGAACAUAUUCUUGGAUGCGGCCGGCAAUGCCAAGCUCGGGGAUUUCGGUCUGGCGCGUAUGCUGCGGCGGGACCAGAGCUUUGCCGCUUCCUUUGUGGGCACGCCACACUACAUGAGCCCUGAGCUUGUCAAGGGACGACAGUACGACCGCAAGAGCGAUGUCUGGGCCGUGGGCUGCUUGGUCUACGAGAUGUGCGCCCUGCGGCCACCCUUCCGGGGGCGCGCCUUCGAUCAAUUGUCGGAGAAGAUUGCUCAGGGCGAGUUCAGCCGAAUUCCCGGCGUCUACAGCUCCGAUCUGCAGGAGAUAAUUGCCUUUAUGCUGGCCGUGGACCAUGAGCAGCGUCCCGGCAUCGAGGUAAUCAUCCGGCAUCCGCUUGUCGUGCGCAACAUCUCGGAAUUGGAUGGGGAAUUCCCUACUUUGGUGGAGGCUGGCGAGGAUUUCAAUAUGCCUGGCAUGGGGCGGCUCUUCGAGGAUCUGCCCGAGCUGUCCAGCACCAUGUUUACGGAGCAGUACAGCUUCAACGAGGACUACGGACAGCGACGGCUGAGCGUCACUGGGGUCUUCACACCGGAUCUGCGCAGCGAGCUCUUCUACUCGGCAAAGCGUCGCAUCUUUCCCACCAACAAGGUCCAGCAAUCGGAUCCAGCGCUCUACGAGAGCAUCAGACGCGAAGAGCAAGUGGCGGAUCAACCGCAGAAGCGCUUGGAGGAGGGCCAGGGCCAGAGUCCUCGUCUCCUCACGCAAAACAUCUUCGAUGAUGUGCUGCAGACGCGUCUCCAUGCCAUCCGUGCCCAGGAGUCACUGAUGCAGCAGAAACUCCUCGAGCUGCAGGCACGCGAGAACCAGCUGCAGCUGACCGAGAAGCGUGUGCAGGCCCUGCAGCGGGAGCUCCUCGAGAAGCUGGAUCAGCAGCCGCCAACAGCCACGUGCUGCAAGUGCAGCCAGACGGACACAGCGAUGGCAGCUCCUCCCAUUCCACCGCGCAGGCCCCACACGAAAGUGCAUCAUGAUGACACUUACUGCACCAUCGAGCUGAACGAGACCUCUCCGACGGUGGCGAAGCUCAACCUGGCCGCCCUGCCUGCGCCCAAGUCCCUGCAGAGUCACGCCAACACUCUGCGCAAGGUCACGUUCCAGUCGCCACAGAAGUUCGUCACGUACGGCAUUGAGAAUGUACCUCCUCCAAGCAGCGCUGUGCCUGUCCCUGUUCCAGCGACCACUGUCCAGCCCAUGCAGAUGAGCGUCUCCAGUAAUGAUUCGGGCGACAGCCAGGCCUCCUCCACUCGCCGCAAGUCCAUCCUGGCUUUGUUUGGGCUUAGUCGAGGCUCGAAAUCGGUCCCCAAGCCUGUGGCUGUGGCGCCACCAGCCCAGCUGCAGGCGCAGCCGCCGGCCAACAAUCGAUUCCGGCCACCAUUGGCUUUGAAACCACCGGCAGCCCAACAGCCAGCAGGACCAGGACCGGCACCAGCACCAUCCGCACCGCUGGCCAACCUCUGGACCAAGGAGCAGAAGAAGCAAGCCUUUGAGCUGCUGGCGGCCAUGAAUGCUGCCGAAAAGGAUGCGGCAGGCGGCAGCAGUGUGGCCGGAGCCGGAGGGAGGCGGCAGCACCUCCGUCAGUCGGUGCGGGAACGGAACUCGACGAUGCAGAGGAACCGCAUGCGUCGCUCCCUGGUGGUGGCCGGCGGUGGUCCCCAGAAGCUGUCGUCCCGCGAGCAAAUGCUGAUUUGAGGGCGAGCCAGAGGCGGAAAGGA